GAAGAAAAGCCGGCAGCGAUGCAACACGCUAACUCUUCGAGAAGCUCUAGUUCAUCGUUCCUGCUGCAGUGCAGCUUGUUAAUAGCGAUAAUGACUUCAGCUUUAACGACUACGUCGUGAUGUAAAUAAUAAAUAAGGAUCAGAUGCAGAAACUCGCUGUCAGAAUACUGAUUUCCCAUGGGACAGAUUUUAUGCGGAAAUUCCGUUACCUCUGGAUUAUAACUUAAUAAAAUUGAUCACGUCAUGAAGCAAACUCUUAACGAAUUUCAGGUAAUAAACCAUAUAUCUUUAACAAGGGCGAAAUGAACAAAAACAUUAACUCCAACUGUUUCGUCAUUUCACAGCAGUUACCGUUCUUAAAAGAUGUAAUAUAUUCUAACAUAUUCUAGAAAACAGGAAAAUACCUCUAACUGCAUUAAAAUACCCGUAAUCGAAAUUCUGGGUGUGGGAUUUUCCCUACAAUGCAUUUAGAACCUUUUGUCAAGCAGUGGGUGAAUUGUAUUAAGGAGAUCACGUUGUGGGUUUCAUGUUUCUUUUUCCCGACAUUACUUACCCCCACGUUGCUUUCAAGUUGCUAGGCGUGAGCCAGAAGAAGCAGUAAAUAUCAAAGAGGCAAUAUUUCUGCAUGCGAAAUAAAAUAUUAAUAUAUCAAAAGCAAGAAAACAUGCAGAUUAAAUUAGAAAGGCAGAAUCAGGUCAUGAAAUAAACAUGUAUUGCUUAUUUUUUCAGUGGAUCUUUUGAGACACUGUUUUAUAUUCGAUGGCAGCCUUAUUUCCGUUAUGACCUAUACCGAUGCUCUCAUCUACAUGUACCUUCACGUAUCUCUGAGCAAGUAUACAAAAUUAAGAAACAAAACUGCAACUAAAACGAUGUGACCUCUUUUGGUAAGAGAAACAUGGGCAUUUGGUCUCAAAUUGAAGCAGUUGCAACUUUGGUUGCCGCGCAGAAUAUUCAUAAUUUGAACUGAAGUUUUUAGCACCCACUUCUGAAAGCAUAAAUUUACAUUUUACCAUUAAGUAAAAGAGUUUAAUUAAUUAGUUGAACGGUGGUACCUGCAGGCUAAACGUGUUAUUAUAAACCUGUUGAGGUAAUGGUAUUUCGUUCAGCAACGGAAGUAGUCCCUAUAAAGUACGCUUUCUUCAAGUUUUUCUAAACUCAAGCAGAUUGACAUGUCGAUUUUAAAAAAAAUCGUUCUCCAUAUAUGAUUGGGAAUAUUUUUAGUUUUCGGAGAUUAAAUAUUUUCAAUCUGACGGCGACAAUUACAAACAACCAAAUACAGGUCAGAAUAGAUCAACAGAAUUUCUCAUUGCCAAAAUUCUAAAAUCCAUAAAUAUCUUAAAGUUGACGAAAUUUUGACGAUCAGGUUUAAAAUAAAAUUUGGUCAUCCCUAUAUUUUUGAGAAUGAUUGUUAGGAAAUUGUUGGAUUUCCAAAAUCCAUUUAUUAUGCUUGUCAAAAAAGCCACUUGGGAAUAAAUUAUUUUCUUCCGAUACUACAGGUGUACAAAAAUCUAAAUUAAAGGCACGAAACACUAUUGAUGACUAUCUCCCAGUUACCCACUAAUAAAUCUAGUUGUAGAUAUUAUCUAUAUUACCUACAAAUUGACCACGAAGAGAAAUCACUAUCAGACAGCGAUUAAUUAUCAUUGUUUUCAUAAUUAUAGAAUUAUACUUCUAUUUUGUGAUAUUUCAUAUCUGUAAAUUAUACAGCUUAGAAAUUGUAGUAAGUCUCGUUUCCGGCCACGUGAAAUAAAAUAAAUAACUUGUUUCUUCGCUGUAUUGCAGCAAGCUUUAACGGUUAUCGAACAAGCCGAUAACCCGUGCCCUUAAUCUAUUGCUUGCAUACAGUCACUAGGGCAAAUAUGUAUUCCCCUGUAAAUUAUCCGUUGAACGCGAAGGCUUUCCAAUAAUAAAGUGAAUUUGAACAGCCAACUAUUUUUUUUGAACCGCUGAUUUUUACUUGCUAUAACUGUACUUUCUGCUUCGACAAUUUACCAGUGAUUUGAGUUUUCGUGCUGGUUGUUCAUAAUAUUUGAUCUAUUUUCUAGAAGAACCUAUAUAAAAUUACCUCCAGAAGCCUUUAAGGUGACGAACAUCAAAGGAAAACAGAAUGCUUAGCAACUUUUCCUCCAGCAGUUUGCCACUCUUAUUCUGAUUUGUAAAAUAAUAAUUUGGUGUUUAAUAAUUAACUACUUGGGAAGUAAGGACGACUCCUCGAGAAAAGUUUUAUACUCUCUCAGGUCUGUGGGCAAUUUCAAAAAUUUACGAGUUCGUUUCGUAUUCGUUUAAUAUAUUAUUUUUUCUCCUUCAUUAAUAGAUGAAUAACAGGCGAAAAUGUUUAGCGUUUUGGGUGAUUUAUUAUUUAAAUACGAGUACGUCUCUUCCUUUGUAUUCAUCUCGUGUAGUCACCAAUUAUAAAUCUAGUCGCAAAUUUGAUAACUUUUAUAAUUUUGGUUCGCUUAUGUGGCACUGACUCAUGAGAAUGCCUAUCUUAGACCUUUCGCUUAAAUGAAAAAUUUAAUACUUCACGUUCAAUUUGGUGGAGAAAAAUUAUUUGGGCUAACCAAAGUAACUAGUGUACGAAUAACUUUAAAAUAGUACACAUGCUUACAGCUCUUUUAUAUCAGGCAUCAUGGCAUAUUCAAGAUUAUUAAGGAUAUAAUUUGGGAUUCUGAUGAAUACAGAAAAUAAUAAUUAUUAGAAAUUUUCAAAAUGAACCCGUGGAAAUCACUGCAAUUCCGGCUCAAACCGGCCCCUUUUGGAGACUGUCGUGUGGGUAAAAACCGUUUAACUGCGCCAAAAUCCCGCAGCAAAGCGGCUGUUGCAACAACCGUUCUCAACAUUUUAUCCUAGAUGAAUAGUUUUGCGGUUUCAAUGCUUAAAUCGUGUGAUGACUGUAAGGAUUCAUGUAACAUCUACUGCGUGUACUUUGAAAGCCCAGUCGAAUAAAACAUAGCAACAUCAGGCAAAUCUGAUUUGUCGAAUUUGAUAUUAUUUUGAUCAAAUAUUGAUAUUCACGUUUCGAACUUUAGGCGUUACUAUUGUUUAAUGACAAUAAAAACAAAUGAUGAAAUUGAAGGCGUGCUAGGUUUCCCAAAAUUAUAGAUUUUGCGCUUCAUGCAAGCAGCUUUUUAUUUUACUGCCCUUUAAUGGCCUCCAUACCAUAGGGAACAGUUCCGACAAAGUUUUUUUUUACAUAAUUUCGACAUAAUUUACAAGUUUUUCAAAAUACCUACUAGCAUCUGAAAACACAAAUUAAGUCUCUCGUAGUAACAGUAGCAUCAACUUGUACUUGCGUCGUUACUGUUCCAGACAAGCAACAUUUGUUUAGCGCAAAGAAACGCAUUCAAUAAGCUAAACGCCAAACAUCAUUUCAUUUAACUUCAACUGGGAAUUGAGGAUUUAGACCCUUCACCCACAUGCUGAUAAUCUAUUUUAUUAUUAUGUAAAAUGGUUGAUGAAACGAGACUUAGAUGUUCCAUAUCUUGUCAAUAGCUAUUUAAAUAUAAUAUUCAUUCCUGACCUAAUAUCAUCGUUAUCUAAUAUCACUUGUAAAUCUGUACAUAUCACCUACAGCUAUCACGGUAUACCAUUUUUUAUAUGGAUCGUGUAGAUUAAGCAGUUAUACUUACCAAACUUUAUUCAGCGCCUGAUUGAUUUAUGUUAGGUGCAUCGCCAAUAGUUCUCUUAAGCUCAUUUCCGAAGGAGUUUUUUAAGUCGACUGAUGAGAUGUUGGAGCCCGGUUUCAAAAUAGCAAUUAUGUUUCCCUAUUCAGACAAUGUACCAAAAACCAGCCAAAGUAUUGAAACAUUUUUGUUUUUAAUUAAAUCGUAAAAAUGUAUUUAACUUUUAAAAGUAAACUAAUACCAUACAUGUCAAUACCAUUAGUCCUAAUUAAUUACAUUUACUUGAUAAUAUCAUGAAUGUAAGGUUAUUAUCCGUUACCUGAUAACUAACAUAUUAAUUAGUUGCUUUAAUCUGUAGGUAUAUCAGACGUCGUAUAUUUGUGUAGAAUAUCCACAAAGAAAAUAAUAAUGCCGUUUAAUCCUAAAUUUCUUUCUAAAAACAGUUACAUUCGAAAGUUUGUGUUUUGAUAUGGAACUACGCACUUGCUUUUGGUUCUGUUAAAAGCUGAAAGUUUAUUUAAAAUUUUCAACUUAUCAGUAAAAUAUUUCCCAACGCCAAUCAUGAAGACAAAAAAUGAUGCAGCUUAUUAUAUUUACCAUAGUUGACAUGUUUUGUAUGUUAAUUUUGUUUUUAGUUUAGCAAUUUAUUUUUCCGAGACAAAUAGUGAAGAAAACCUCUCUAAAUAAGAUGGAUUCCACCGAAGCGUGAUAUUUCUGACAUUCGAAUAUUUGUGUUUAAUAAAAGUUUGCAAAUAUUUUUUUUAAUUGUUAAGUUAGCAAAAGUGGACUUGAUCUAGUCAGCUCUCACAAGGAACAAUGGCAUAUACUGAAAAAACAGUAAUUGCGAAGUGAGGUAAUAUGAGAUAAUUUAGUUCGUUCACCCUAUAUAUUCCUAAUUAUGCCAAAUUUGUAAUUGUAGCUAUUGUAAUUUAUUUUGGAUAUAUGAAUGGUCUAUAAAUAUAAGGUUUAAAAAAAUGUU